CUAACAUAAAAUAAUUGUUUUUUUUUAAUUAGUUUUCCCAAUUUUUUCCUUUUUUGUCACAACAUUAAGUGUAUAAAUACAACUAACAAAAUUAGCACUGUUUUAGUAAAUCCAAAAUAUGAACCACAAAAACCUUAACAUCACGCCUGCCUUGAUAUGGGUUUUAUUAAUUAUAAUUUUGUAUUUUAUUAUAAAAUACAACUGGAGGAGACGCUGGCUCUAUUAUUAUGGGUCUAAGAUAGACGGACCCAUUGGAUGGCCUAUCAUUGGAAGUGCCCAUUAUUUCAUCGGAGUUUUCUUUAAAACUGUGACAAAACUCUUAGAAUCAUAUCCAUCAGUUGCAAAAAUUUGGUUCGGUAACAAUUUGAUAGUGUCAGUUUCACGACCUGAAGAUGUUGAAAUUAUUUUAAAUAAUUGUCUCGAAAAACCGAAAAUUUAUCACUUUGAAAUGGACUUCUUGCAGCACCAGUUGAUAUUUGGAAGAGCAGAAGGAAAAUGAUUAAUCCGAUUUUUAAUCCAAAAAAUUUAAAUUCGUUUAUGGAAAUUUUUGGAAGACAUGCAACUCAAUUGGCAAAUGCUCUUGAAGUAAACUGUGGAAAAGAAUCGU